CUCUGCUCCCCUCCCCACCCACCUCUCUUGAUAACUACGGUCCGCCGUCGAGAAAAAGGUCCCGCUUUUUUUUCUUCAUCCUAUUGGAUCGAUAAUGCGCUGUUCUGGGCUCCGAGGUUUCCAAGUUGAAGGAGCCGGACAUGGCUUCCACGUCCCUGGGGCCGGCGUCGGCUGGUCAUGCCGGCUCCCGCCGCCGCCACAUGUGCCGUCGAGAGCUCUUCCGGCUGUGGCCGCUCCGGAUUGGAGGCGGGAAGGGGUGAGGGGUGGGAGAUUGGGUUCUGUCGUUGUCCGUGUGAAGCCCGUGGAAGAUGAGAACUCGUCGCCGGCGGCGCCUUUGCAGUUGUCGGCGGACCGGGCGGUGGAGGAAUCGAGGAAGUCGGGUCGGAAUUCGAGCUCGCUUCCUGGGUUCACCUGAUGUCUUCAGUGAGGACUCUGUCCUGAAAGCAUACCCACAGGGUGAAGCUGUUCCAUGUGAACAGUUUGAGGUUGCAUUCAAGGUCGAUGAGAUAUCAUCUUAGUUGAGCCAAAUCAGCCUAAACACCAAAGCAUAUGAUUUUUGAGCAUUUACAGGCAGUUGUACUUUCAUUAGUUGAUAAAGCAGUUCUGCCAAUUGAGAAUUCAAUGGACGGAAGCUAUCAUCAGAAUUAUGACUUGCUUCUCUGCCAUAAUUUGCGCCUUGUGGGUGAGGUGCAGUUGUCCAUUAACCACCGUCUUGUAGCUCUGCCAGGCGUGCACAAGCAGCAGUUGAGGCGUGUUUUAAGCCACCCACAGGUCGAUUCACAUUUCUGUAUCCAUCUCAUUAUGGACAUUUUAUUCUUUUGAUUUUUUAUCA